CCGUUGUACAACCGGAAGUGAUAGCACGCACUUCCUGGCUUCCACACAUGUAUGAGCUGCUCGCAACUUCACUGAUUUGUUCGUCAUUUAUUUUGUCUACCCGGUAAGAUGCAGAUCUGCAGUGUGUGCAGCGAACAGACGCCGAAGUACAGAUGUCCAACCUGCAGCAUAAGAUAUUGUUCACUUGGCUGUUACAAAAGGCAUAAAGACACUUGCCUUCCUGUUAAGCAGCCGACACCUAUUGAACCUGAAGUCAAGGAUGCUUUCAACACUGAGCCGUGGACUGUUGAGGAUCUUCUGCAUGAGAAUGACAUCAUUGACAAAGUGCCCCUGCAGAGGCUCCAGCUGUUAGGUCAGUCAAAAGAGCUGAGGGAUCUUCUUUGCAACCCCCAUCUGAGACAGUUAUUACGCUCCGUUGACAGUGCAGACAGCAAAUAUGAUGCAAUGAAGGCUGCCAUGCAGGAGCCUCUGUUUGUUGAAUUUUCAGAUCAGUGUUUGAAAAUUGUAGAAAAUGAACCGAGAUAUUUUACAUCCAAUGAAGCUGAUUUGUAAAACCAUGCCUAUCAGAUGGUGCCUUUUUUUUUUUAAAUAUAAAAUGCCUCACUGUGCUACGCAUGUUGUGUAGUUACUGUCAUUUUUGUUGAUCUAAAUUCCUGUGCCUUGUCAUGCUACCGUUUGUAUAUAAUGUUCAAAUAAACGCUGGAAAGUUUUGAAACUGUAUCAGUUCCUCUGUUAACACUAAGAGCUUUACAGUGUAGUUAACUGAAGUCACUUGUGAACUGGCUGACUACAUGUAAAAAGUUUAGGUGAAAGGAAAACUACAUUAAAAAUGUUAGAACACUGACAUUUAUUUCAACAAUACUGUCAGUUAAAUAUUAACAGAAUUCAAGUUGUUGUGCAUUGAUCCCUCUGUACCACCGCUAUAGUGGAUUUCCAAUUAAACUGUCAUAAUGACUCAGACACAAAGAGAAUUUAAGCUGAAAAGGUUAAAAAAAAGGAAUAAUUAGCGAGCAAAUGAAGAUGUACUAUAUGCUGUCCCUGUAGAUAAUAGUGUUGGAUCAGGAGCUAGGAUGAUAACCAGUGUUAAGUUACAUUCAUUAUUUUCUAACAUGAUAGCAAAAAGAUGUUUUGAAUAUUAAAAUGAUGAAUAUAAUAAAACCUGUUGGGUAUAAUAACACAAUUGUUCUUCCACAGAAAGCACUAGUGUAAAAAAAAAAA